GCGGAAGUGAGGCGGAAGUGUCGUUUGUUGUUCGCCCUUGUGUUUCCGAGACGUUCAGGGUCUGGACGUCUCCUCCAGCAGUCGCGUCUGCAUGUCGCCGCCGAUGUUAACUCGUCCACCACCGUCCCCGAAUGAAGAUUAAGCGGUAUGCCAAAGGAAAAAUAUGAUCCUCCAGAUCCUCGCCGAUGUUACACCAUCAUGUCAGCCGAGGAGGCGGCCAGCGGGAAGAAGUCUCAGUGGGCGGAGCUAGAGAUAUCUGGGCGAGUGCGGAGUCUGAGCAGCUCGCUGUGGACGCUGACCCACCUGACGGCGCUGCACAUCAAUGACAACAACCUGACCCGCAUCCCGCCAGACAUCGCCAAGCUGCCCAACCUGGUCUUCCUGAACCUGUCGUCCAAUAAGCUCCGCAGUCUGCCCGCUGAGCUGGGCAACAUGGUCUCUCUCAGGGAGCUGCUUUUAAACAACAACCUUCUACGAGCGCUGCCUUACGAACUCGGGAAGCUUUUUCAGUUGCAAACGCUCGGGCUGAAAGGAAACCCGUUGUCCCAAGACAUCCUCAACUUGUACCAGGAACCGGACGGAACACGAAAGCUUUUAAACUACAUGCUGGACAAUCUAGCAGUGCACCCAGAGCAGCUGCCCCAAAGACCGUGGAUCAGCCUGCAGGAACGAGACCAAGCGCUCCCCACAGCUGCCUUCACCGUCAUGUGCUACAACGUGCUGUGCGACAAGUACGCCACGCGGCAGCUCUAUGGCUACUGUCCGUCCUGGGCGCUCACCUGGGAGUACCGCAAGAAAGGCAUUUUGGAGGAGAUCAGCAACGGCGACGCCGACAUCAUCAGCCUGCAGGAGGUGGAGACGGAGCAGUACUACGCCCUGUUCCUGGAGACACUGAAGGAGCGCGGCUACGACGGCUACUUCUGCCCCAAGUCCCGAGCCAAACUGGUGUCGGAGCAGGAGAGGAAGCACGUGGACGGCUGCGCCGUCUUCUUCAAGACGGAAAAGUUCAGCCUGGUGCAGAAACACGCGGUGGAGUUCAACCAGGUGGCCAUGGCCAACUCGGAAGGGUCGGAGGUCAUGUUGAACCGAGUGAUGACCAAAGACAACAUCGGCGUGGCCGUGCUGCUGGAGGUCAACAAGGACCUGUUCUCUGGAGGCGUGAAGACGGCGCCCGAGCGGCAGCUGCUCCUGGUGGCCAACGCCCACAUGCACUGGGACCCCGAGUACUCGGACGUCAAGUUGAUCCAGACCAUGAUGUUCCUGUCGGAGCUGAAGAGCAUCGCCGAAAGGGCGUCGGGCUCGGCGGCGGGCGCCGGCUCACCGUCCUCCGACCCGUCCUCCAUCCCCAUCGUCCUGUGCGCCGACCUCAACUCGCUGCCCGACUCAGGCGUGGUGGAGUACCUGAGCGACGGCGGCGUGGCGGACAACCACAAGGACUUCAAGGAGCUGCGCUACAACGAGUGUCUGAGCAACUUCAGCUGCAACGGCAAGAACGGCAACGCGGACGGGAGCAUCACGCACAGCUUCCAGCUGAAGAGCGCCUACGAGGGCAGCCUCAUGCCGUACACCAACUACACCUACGACUUCAAGGGCGUGAUCGACUACAUCUUCUUCUCGAGGACCCGCAUGAGCGUCCUGGGCCUGCUGGGCCCGCUGGACCACCAGUGGCUGGCGGACAACAACAUCACGGGCUGCCCCCACCCUCACAUCCCCUCGGACCACUUCUCCCUCCUGGCCCAGCUGGAGCUGCGCCCGCCCCCGACCCCGCCCCACACCCUCAACGGCCUCCACCUGCCCGUCCACAGGUAGUGCCGCCUGAAGAUGCCCCGCCCCCUCCUUUCUUCUUUUGUUUUAAACCGCCUCCCUCCAGCUUUAUAAAGAUGCCACGCCCCCUUUCACAAGCCACGCCCCUGAAGGAGAGACGCUGCACACGUUACAGACGGGUAUUUUAUAAUAAAA